CCCCGAUCGAAUAGAAGCGUAGUUUAGUCAAACUCGUAGCCUGAUAUGUGUGGGUCUUCGGGCCUGGGACUGUUAAUCGACAACGCCAACCCCACCUCUUCGGUCAGACCGUCGAGCUCUGAGUAUGGGACACAGAAAAGGGGCAUCUCUAGACCCCGGGCUCUAUGGUAAUUGCCCACCAUAGCUUGCCCAAAGCCAUCAACUUCCUCUGCCUAUCUCCACCAUGAACUCUCCCCUCCCUCCCGCAUCUCUAAACCAAUCCUUCACCACCCUCCACGCACUGGAAGCCGGCCACUUAACGCUCCCACGACACCUCUUCAUCUCUGGUGCCUCACCCACCGACCGUACCACAGUCCCGUCACUCUCGUUCCUCAUCACACACCCUUCCCACGGGCGGCUCGUCUUCGACCUAGGAAUCCGCAAUCCGAUCAGCGAGUACUCCACUCCGAUCCAAGCGCACAUUGUCUCCCGCCAGCCGGUAACCACAACACCCGAUGUCACCCUCUCUCUCGCCUCGCUAGGCAUCACUCCGGACGAGAUAGACACCGUGGUGCUGAGCCAUGUGCACUGGGACCACAUAGGGCGUCCCUCCGCAUUCCCACGCGCACAGUUCCUUGUCGGAGCUGGAAGUCUAGCCCUGCUGGAGCACGGCCUUCCCGGCGGCGGCUCGCACAGCAACUUCGAGCGCGGCUUGCUGCCGCGGGAAAGAACCGUCGAGCUCACGGUCGCUGGUGAAGCCGCUGGCUGGAAGAUGAUUGCGGGGUUCUGGAUGCAGGACUUGUUUGAUGACGGGAGCGUGUUCGUCGUCGAUGCUCCUGGACAUCUGAUGGGGCAUGUCAAUCUGCUGGUUAGGACGAGGGAGGGGUGGUGGUAUUUGGGCGGUGAUGCGGCGCAUGAUAGGGGGAUUUUGACGGGAGAGAAUGAGAUCGGGACGUGGACGGUGGAGGGCGGCGGAUGUGGGUGUAUUCAUCAGGAUAAGGAAAUGGCGGAGGAGACGUUGGGGAAGAUCAGAGGGCUGUUGGAGUUAUGUGAUGUGAAUGUCCUGCUGGCGCACGAUGUGGGUUGGUAUAUGGAGAACAGAGGGAAGAUGGUUUGGCCGCUGGCGGGGAGUGGAAAGGUGAAGACAGGUAAGAUGGAGCGAGUAUGUACAAUACUCUAGAUAGACG